AUGAGCCCACCCUUCGGCACGAAAUUGGCCACGCGCGCCCCCGGCCUCCAGUACAGCAUCUCUCUCCCGGUCGACGGGUGCAUCGCCCCGGGCGCCGGCCGCACCGCCAGCCGCCCGGAGAAUCGCGAGUCGUCCCACGCACGGGCGCAGCACGCGGACUCGCGGGCGGUGAGGGGGGCGGCCUGGAGGAUGGGGUACAUGUCGGCGCGGCCGUCAAGGCGGCGGGCGGAAGGGUCGCCGUUGGCGGCGCGCAGUGGGGGGCGGGCGGUCCUGGGCGCGGGGCCGGCGCCUGCGCAGGGGCAGGACUAG